AUGUCGUCUGACUCUGCCGACUGCUUCGGCGCAACAAUGUCAAAAACCGUCAGCGAACCCGAAGACCGCUCGCGUACCGUUCGAUUCCCCUCGCUCGAGAUCGACACCCACGACUAUGCCACCUCCCCGACCUCGCCCACGAAAACCCGCGCGUCUGCCGCUCCCCCCCGCGACACCAUCGGUGCGCCUCUCACCCGCACGUCCACCGACAAGACCCUAUCCCCGCUGCGACGCCGAGCCGGCACCUUCAAGCCCGUCGAAGACUAUGGCGACUUUGACAUGUCGCGCCCUGGCUGGCAGCCCGGCUCCGAGCCCGGCUUCGACCCCAACAAGUCGGACGGCGGCCAUGCAUCCAUGCCCACCCUCCGCGCAGACUGCGAAAUCUCCGUCUUCGACUUCAGCCAGGCCAACAUGGUCCAGCACAAGUUUGGCAAUGACGACUUCAUAGAGUUUCUGAAAAAGCCCCAGGAGCCUUGGGUCAAGAGCCGCUGGAUCAACGUCAACGGCCUCAGCUGGGACGUCAUCCAAGCCUGUGGCCAGUACUACAAGCUGCAUAAGCUGGCCAUCGAGGACAUCAUGAACACGAGAAACCGCACAAAGGCCGACUGGUACGCUAACCACGCCUUCAUCGUCCUGACCCUGCAGAAGCUGGUGCUCCUCCUCGACGACGACAGCAGCAGCAGCAGUAGCAGCAGCAGCGACGACGACUCGGACGACGGCGCCAGCCUUAGAACCAGCAAGUCCGUCAAGGGCAUGAAGAAGCUGAAGCGCGCAUUUACCAUGGGCGCCAAGCCGCGUCAGGACCCCGAAGUCGGCAGACAAGCCGCCGGUAGGCCUACCGUCGUGACCCAGAGCAGCGGCUAUCAGCUCAACCACCACACGAGCGGCCUCUCCCAGCUGCCACCGACGGCCUUUGUCCGCACCCUCCAGCGCUACCACGCCUCUGCCAACGAGGUCCGCACCGAGUACAUGGAAACGCACUCCUCCCUCAUCUCGCGUGGCCUAGCCGUCUCCGCCGAGCAGGUCCCCAUUUUCCUCACCUCGGAUAACACCGUCAUCUCCUUCUUCGAGAUGUCCGCCGAGGACAUUGAGCGCCCCAUCACCAUCCGCUUGGGCGAUCCCUCGACGAUCCUGAGGCAGUCGUGCGAUGCCUCGCUCGUCGUGCAGGCCAUCAUCGACGCCAUCAUCGACCUCGCCAUGCCCCUGACGGCCGUUUACAGCGACGUCAUCGGCGACCUCGAGCUCGACGUGCUCACGUCCCCGAGCAUUAAGCAAACGCGUAGCCUGUACAUCUGUGUCAGCGAGAUCAACAAGAUGCUCACCUUCCUCAACCCCAUCGACAACCUCGUCAACGUGUUGCGCGACCACCGCACCGAGCUGUCGCAGGACGAGGCCGCCCGCCAGCUGCAGAACCCGGCCAGCGGCGUCAUCGUCACGCCCCUCACUCACACCUACCUCGGCGACGUGCUCGAUCACUGCGUCAUCAUCACCGAGAGCAUGCAGCAGAUCAAGCGCUCCGCCGACAACCUCAUCGACCUCAUCUUCAAUACCAUCUCGGCGAACCAGAACGAGAGCAUGAAGCAGCUGACCAUCAUCACCAUCAUCUUUCUGCCCUUGACCUUCUUGACCGGGUAUUUUGGUCAAAACUUUGAAGACUUUCCCGAAAUCGGCAAUAAAUGGGGCAUUCGGUUUUUUUGGAUCAUUGCCUGUCCGGUCGUCUUCUGUACCAUACUCAUUAUGAUGCGCUCCUGGAUCUGGUCCUGGUGCGUAUCCUUUUGGCAGAAGCGUAAGAUUAGUGCCGAGAGAAAGAAGCAGAAGAAGAGAAGGGCCAGGAGGGCGAGGAGGAGGGCCAAAGCGGAUUAG